AUGUUCCCUCCCGAGUCACCACAUUUCCGCGACGGCAGCGGCAGCAGUUACGGCUCGGCCACCGCGGCGGACACUGGCAAUGCCAACAACAGCCACACAAGGCCCGCCGUCCGCCAGGAUCCCUCGGAUCCCUUGGCCGCCUUCGAGAGGCACUUACUCGCCCACCCACACAGACACCACCACCACCGCACCCACGGACACAGUGCCCAUCCGCCGCGUGCCCGGCAGCUGCAAGGAAAGACUACCUUUCUGGCACCGCCGUCUCCGCGCAUGUGCGGCAGCCAUAGUCGCUCUCGCUCCCGUUCUUGCUCCCGGUCCCCUGCGCCGUCGCAAGCCGCCCAGCACUGCAUGGCUGCCACCACCGCCUGGACACCGGCCCCGGACCGGCGGCAGAGCUGGGACGAGCAGGAAUACCGGCGUGCGAUGAUGGUGCAGUCGACGGGGCUGGCGUGUGGGUGUCAACCGCACGCGGGUGGCGGCGACAAAGCCACCGCUCCACAUCAUGGUCACCAACAUCGACACUCGCCUGUUGGUGUCUCGGCGCGGAGCCUCUACGAGUCAGACUGGGGGUUUAGUGAGGUUGUGCAUAAGUAA